AACAGGUUUCACACUGAAGAAUGGAAGAUUUCUACAUUACCAACACAUCACAAGACAUUAGCAAUGAUUACAACAGCACCUUCAAGGACUAUGACAAUGAUGAUGACAAAGCAAAAUUGAUCACACAAGUGGUGACAUACAUUAUCAUUUGUAUUGGACUUCCUUUGACCCUCCUGGCCAUCUAUGCUCUUUAUUCUCUGGUGGGAAAGGAUCACGUUGCUCCGAUCUACGUCAUCAACCUUCUCAUUUCUGACCUCAUUGAGUUCUGCUGCAUGAUCGGUUUUGUGGUAUCACAAAAGCACACAAAACAACAAAAAUACAAGGACAAAGAUACAAUUCUCAAAAUCAUUUACUACUCUGGUCUGGUGGCCAGUGUUUGCUUCAUGGUCUUAAUCGCCCUAGAAAGGUAUUUGGUCAUCGCCUGGCCACUGUGGUACCGCUUCAGACGGACCAUCAAGAUCUCCGUGGUGGUCUGUGUCCUGGUCUGGGUUCUUUCUCUUGUCUAUCUCUUCGCUCUGGCUUUCUGGGGUUUUCCAGAGGUCACAGGCACCGUCUUAGCCAUAUUUUUCCUCCUUCCCCUCCCACUGCUCAUAUUCUUCCUGGGUGGGACCCUCAAAGCCCUGUCUGCUUCCGUCUCAGUUCCUGCUGAUAGAAAACGACGAAUUGUGGGAAUGUUGGUUCUGGUGCUGGUUAUUUACCUGCUGCUGUUCCUACCCAGAAUCAUAUUGUUUCUGAAAGAGGGAAACAGACAUGACAUUCCCCUCACUGACCUCUCUUCUGUGUUCGUAAGGUUAUUUCCUCUUGCAGACUUAUUUCUGUAUGUUUUCAUGAGGAAAGGGGCCAUAGACAAGCUUUUGGCCUCUGUGUGUUGUUGCAGAAUGGACAGCAAUGAUGCCAACAGUUCAAGAACAAUCACUGGAAAAACAUGAUAAAAACUAAAACUUUUUUCAAGAUCACUUAUUUGAUCUUAAUUUUCCAUUUUUGAACUUAGCUCAGACUUAAAAUUUGUAUUUUUUUUUUAUUUAACAAUGAUGAACAACACACUUGGAUUUAAUUUUUUCAUUUAGUUUAUGCAGCUUAUGGUUUCUGUCCAUGUAUGUCUCUUAAUGUUUUUGUGGCUAAAUCUUCUCCCAGAAACACUGCGGCCAAAUGGUUUCUCUCCUCAUGUUCUCCUUCAUUAUGUUCUUGGAACUAAAUUGACUAAUUAAUGAAUGGACUAAUGGUUUCAGCUGUAUUAACUGUUGGGUAGUUUAAUAUCUAACAAAAAAUUUGAUAAAUUCUUUCUUUGUU